CCUUUCAAAGCCAUACAGGUAUAGCAAUUGGUGCUGACUGGCAUUGGCAAUAGAUCGCAAGCCACUCAGCUGAUCAUCCCCUGGUUUGGGCUUUAGCAGCUGCAUUGUGGUCUUGUGUUUGCAUAGCCACGAUUUAUCUACGCCUGGUCAUCUUGGAAGCUGCAAUCGAGCUCCAUGUCGUCUCUGGUAGUCAUUCCGUACCCCACGUUGCGCCUGCGCACCUCCGUCCACCCUAGGACUUACCUUAUCAAUCGCAUGCCCUCCUUCAGCGCGGGUUUCCAUGCACAGCACACUAAUUUGGGUUUAAGCAGGAGGUUGUGUUGUGCCAGGGCCUCUAUCCUCUUCUCGGACAUUGGAGACAGCAGUGAGCAUGAGGAGAGCUGUGGAAUGGUGGAUAUGGGCCGUUACCAAUGUGGAGACUCUGAUUUUGAUGGAGUGUUCCGAGAUGGGUGCAAGGACUGCCAGACAGAGUCUACAUUCUCCAGAAGACUGGUUAUGCACACGCCACUAGUACUAUUAGGCUUUGGGGGUGCGCAACAGGGUGCUUGUGUAGAGCAGUCGUCGAGCAGUCCAUCUAUAACCAAGACAGUGUUCAUGGAUGUAGCCAUUGAAGGGCAGCCAGUAGGUAAAAUCCUUAUUGGCUUGUACGGUGACACCGUCCCCAUCGGAGCUCAAAGAUUUGCAGAGCUCGCAGUUGGAAAGCGAGGCAUUGGAUACAAACGCAAGGAGUUUUCCAAAAUCGUGAAGAAUUACAUUCAAAACGUGGGAGUGAGGAGCUUCAGUCUGACCGGGGGAUCUGAAGACGCAGCCAAGUUUACAGGAGGCGACACGUCCGAUCUCUUAGUUGACGAAAUGGUGCGGCUAGAAGAACAGAAUCGGCGACCGAAGCAUGUCAGGGGUUCUGUCUCGCUUGUAGCUCUUGAUCCCACGAGACCUCCUCCGAAAUCAAAACUUGUUGCUAGGGACGGAACUUUAGUAAUGAUCGAAGAGCAGGUACGCCCCCCUCCAAAUGGCACGGAAUUCAUGAUCACUACAGGAGAUGCUCCAGAGCUUGAUCAGACCAACACAGUAGUAGGGCAGGUCAUUCAAGGCAUGGACGUUGUUGACCGCAUCCACAAUGUGAAGGUUGUCAACGAGAAUACGAGCAGCCCUUACUUUCAAGUGGCAAAGCUGAUCGGAGAUUCUCGAGCUGUCGUUGCAGAGAAAGGCUUCAACAGACCUUAUGAAAAAGUGCUGAUAUCUAAAUGUGGGGAGCUCAGGUGAUCUACUAAAACCCGCAACAGUUACCAGCCUCCAAUAUUUUUUUUGGUCUUAAAGCUGGUUUGAAAGCAUAUUCCUGUGAUUUUCACUCCAUGUAGUUUAAGUAUCCUUUAGUCAUUAUUCUCGUCUACCUCAUGUGACACAACAGAAGCUAUGGUGCAUUUAAUGCCCUCUAAUUUUAUUUGAAAAUCCUACUCCUGAAAGCGGUUUUCACAAUCGUAUCUAUUACACCUAUCAAUAAUAGCCUGUUUUACUUCGUAGUGAUUACAAGCAUGUGUUAGGAUUAGUUGAAAAUAACUAAACCAAAUAUAUCAACUUCUGUUCACAAAAGGGAUUUUGCACAUGUACCUUUGCUGGUUGCACUGGAGUGGAUAUUGUACAAACCAUCAAUAGAUUCUUGUCAUGGUUAUUUCUUUGACAAUUAGCGUUGAUUUUUUCC